AUGAGCGUCUGGUGUUCGUCGGUGAUUUUGGGUGAUGGUAUUCGUCGAAAAAUUAGCCUCAGACUUUGGAAUGAAAUCGAGCAUAAGAAAACCGUGGAAUUACACGCAAUGAAAGGUGGUGGUCACUUCGUUCCCACUGACCGACCUGGUCAGGCUCUUCAAAUGUUCCACAACUUCGGUUGUAAUAAGGGCUACAGCACUCCGCUAACCCUUAACUUGAGUCGACAACCUCUUUUGGAGCAGUAUAAGCCAAUUAUCCCCACCGUACCUCGAAUGAAAGCCGAUAUGAUCUUUGCUCUUUCCGGUCUGAUCUUCAAGCCAGAUUUUCAUCAACAUUCCGAUUAUCUUCGUGUCAGCCCCCAUGUUCUUCUUCACUACUGGUAG